CCGCAGGUCGUUCUCAUCUCUCCUUGCUGUCUCUCUCUCAUUUCCAUCUCGUCUCUUCCACCACCAAGCACACGCACACGGCACGAUCCUGGUGUUCCCUGCAACGGGGGACCAAAGAUGGAGAAAGCGCAAGUGGAGCUCUUUCGGGCCAUAAAGUCCGGCGAUCUCACGAAAGCACGGAAGGCUUACGACAGGGGGGCGAACGUUAACUGGCCCCUCGACCGCUGGAUGAUAGGCGGUCGCGAGCACUGGGGCCUAAGGGUGCAAGUAAAGCCGCUUGGAAUCUACCUGGGUUUUAGUGCUCGCGAGUCGUGGAGGGUCCCGGACGGGGAGGGCGCGAAUAGGGGGGAUACCCUGGUCAUGGUGGCGCUAAAGUGCCGCAAGCAAGAAGAAGCGGCGUUUUUGCUGGGGUGCGAUCGGCUCAACCGAAACUGCCUCAACGAGGCCGGAAACUCGGUGGCCGACAUCGCCAGGGCCACCGGACAGGAGUUCCUGUUGAGAGGGCGAUGGGGGGGCGCGAACCUUCCCCCGACGAUCCCGCAGCAAGGGCCGGGCGAGUGGGACGAGGCUCGGCCGGCGUGGGAGGAGCCGGGAGUCGCGGCGGCGGGGGCGGGAGGAGUGCAGUACGCGUCGGUUGUCGCCGAAGCGGUACCGGCGGACGGGCAGGGGGGGGGGGGAGCGACGGCGGGGGGCGCCUUGGUUGCAACUGCGGUAGGGGACGUGGGGUACGCCCCCGCCACAACCGGACACGCUACGGCCGCCCCUGUGAACGUGGCAACACCGAUCGACCUAAACAACAACCCGACUGCAUCGGCCAGACGAGGGCCCCGGCCGCAUGCUGGCGGGACUUUCGGCACAGGCGCAUUCGGUGCAUUUUGAAACAACCAUCAAAGAGAGCGGGUUGAAGGUGGUAUCCAGAUUUUUUGACAUAUAAACAGCAAAAUCUCACGCAGCACGAGCUAGCUGCUCAUUCCUUAAGCUGGAAUAGCACCAACACCCCCGUCUAUUAUCUAGCUUUCUGGGGUUUGGCGAGCGAAGUGUUGAAUGAACGCUUUUUCAGCGCAUUUCUGGAUGCAAGUCAAGGUUGUCUAUCCCAACUUCUUGGUUUCCUUCGAGGCAUUUUUUUUACGGGAACACCCGGUGAUCGUUGAUCAUAGGGUGGAGGCAAUUGUACCUUGAUUAGUCACAGGCUUCAGGACGUCACGUGAGGAGUUAACUUGAGUGCCCGCGAUGUCAGUGUGCCGUAGUCACAGGUUUCUGAGUUCCCUGGAAUUUUUCACUACUUAGUAGACUCAGCCAGCUUGUAACCUUUUGUGCGGGGUGCUCCCCGUCCUGGGCAUUUGAAAUUCUGGAGUUGAUUUGCAUUACGCCCGUGUGGCUUGUGUCGAAGAGAGUGCUUGGUUAUUUUUGUUAGAUCGGUAAGUAUUUGGCGGGAAAUGGUACCAAAUAACUAAAGUAGGUAUUUAGCUUGUGGGUCAAGGGUUGUACAAAUGGCGUUAUGGGCUCGAUGGUGCUCUCGAUGGUAGUAUUUUCUUGAGUCUUGGUAUUUUUGUUGGUGUACCAAGAGAAAUGACCAAAUAUUUUUCAUGGGUUGACAAUUUUUUAGCGCCACCUUGCUGGCGACACCUUGUUGUGGGUACACGUGCACGAUAGCAACAUCAAACACAGGGAUGCUUGCUUGUGGGCCCUUGAUGCUUGCAGCUCUGG